ACGUGGCCCGGUCAUCUGACAGGGAGAAGAAGCUCGCACUGUGCGCUGAACGGCGGACCGGGGAGCUCGAGGCGUCAUGGCGAGUCAGUCGGCGGGGAUCCAGCAGCUGCUGCAGGCGGAGAAGAGGGCGGCCGAGAGAGUGACGGAGGCCCGGAAACGAAAGAACAGACGUCUGAAACAAGCCAAAGAGGAGGCCCAGGCGGAGAUCGAGCAGUACCGGAUGCAGCGUGACCGAGAUUUCAAAGCUAAAGAGGCUGCAGCUUUGGGCUCUCAUGGUAGCUGCAGUGAAGGAAUGGAGAAGGACACCAUCGAGAAGAUCUCCAUCAUCCAGGAGAACUAUCAGCAAAACAGAGAGCUGGUUCUAGAGCAGUUAUUGUCCGUAGUGUGUGACAUAAAGCCAGAAAUACACAUCAACUAUCGUAUAAAUGGUUAAAGCCCCCUUCUGUACGCGCCCCCUCACUGCUGACUCCUGCUAUACCUAGUGGCCAGGCACACAAGCUGCUCUCCCUGGAUUUAGCUCCGACCCAUUGUUGUCUAUGCAAAGUGAUAAUGUAUUAGUUGGUGGAGCCACGCGUGGCUCUGAGUAGGACUAACGAUAAGAUUCUACCACGAGCCUUACAAAAAGGGGUUAACCAUUACACAAUAUGAGAUUUCCUGCUACGUUAAAGGGGAACCAAAAGAUGGGAAUUUCUCAGAGGGUUGAAGAGUCUUGUAGUGUGAGGAAGGAGUGUGUCUUAAUCUUACUGAUUGUCUUAGUUUGCAUUUCCCUGUUUACCUUUUUAGCAUUAAAAUAUGUUCAGUUUUCCUUCA